CCAAAACCACUUGAACGUUCAAGCAAUUCAAUGGCAGGGUUCGACAGCCAAAGAUGGUCUCUAAAGGGUAUGACUGCCCUUGUUACCGGAGGAACUAAAGGCAUCGGAUAUGCCAUUGUGGAAGAGCUAGCUGGUCUUGGGGCUACUGUGCAUACCUGUGCUCGCAACCAAGAACAGAUCGACGAGAGGGUUCAAGAAUGGAAGAGCAAGGGAUUUAAAGUGAGUGGCUCAGUUUGUGACCUGACGUCCAAAUCUCAAAGGGAGGAGCUCAUCAAAACUGUCUCGUCUGUCUUUGAUGGCAAGCUUAACAUCCUUGUAAAUAAUGCUGCUUCAGUUACCCUGAGAAGAACAGAGGACUAUACUUUGGAAGAUUUAUCGAGUAUGAUGGGUAGCAAUGUUGAAUCUUCUUACCAUCUGUGUCAACUUUCAUACCCUCUCUUGAAGGCCUCAGAAAAUGCCAGUAUUGUAUUUAUCGCCUCCAUAGCUGGUGCCAUUGCUCUACCUAGACUAUCUGCUUAUGCAGCAACAAAGAGUGCUGUUAUCCAGAUUUCAAAGAACUUGGCGUGUGAGUGGGCAAGAGACAAAAUUCGAACAAACACUGUAGCGCCAUGGGCUGUCAACACCGGUGUUAAAGUUGGAAAUGAUGAUCAUUCUGAGGAUUUCAGAAGAUUAAUAGGUCGAACUCCAAUUCGCCGUGUUGCUGAGCCUAAUGAAAUUUCAUCCUUGGUCUCAUUCCUCUGCCUUCCUGCUGCUUCUUACAUCAAUGGACAAGUUGUCAAUGUUGAUGGAGGAUUUACAGUGAGCGGUUUCUAG